AUGCCCAACGAUGCGCAAGCCCCCGUGAAGCUCUCGUUGCCUCUCGAGUUCCAACAGGACAUCUUCAACGAACUGCGCGAGGAAGAUGAGCUCGUCCUCCUUGCGCGCGGCCUUGGCCUUCUGCGCAUAGUCACGAACCUCCUCCACUCCUACGAUGCCGCCGGGAACAACCUUAUACUGCUCGUGGGUGCCGACGAUCGCGAGAAUGUCUGGAUCGGCGAGGCCUUGGCUGAGCACGCAGCCGUCAGCAACGCGCCCAAGUGUCGCGGCCUGAGCCUGGUCAAUACCGAUCUGAUGAGCGUUGGGACACGUGAGAAGAUGUAUGCCCAAGGCGGGAUCUUCAGCAUCACGUCGCGCAUCCUCAUUGUGGACUUUCUGUCUGGGCUACUCAAUCCGGAAACGGUGACGGGUGUGGUGGUGCUGCAUGCUGAACGGGUCGUUGCGACAUCUUUGGAAGCCUUCAUCUUGAGGAUAUACCGGCAGAAGAACAAGGCAGGCUUCUUAAAGGCGUUCUCAGAUACGCCAGAGCCCUUCACGACUGGCUUCGCUCCGCUCACGAACAUGAUGAAGAACCUGUUCCUGACGAAACCGGCGUUAUACCCAAGAUUCCACGUCGCAGUCGCGAACUCGCUCGAAGGACGCAAGAAAGCGGAAGUCAUUGAGCUGGAAGUGCCAAUGACGGAAGCUAUGCAAGAUAUACAGAACGCGGUACUGGCCUGUGUUGAGGCCAGUAUCAGCGAGCUCAAGAAAGCGAACCCAGGCGUGGAGAUGGAGGAUUGGAAUGUGGACAGUGCCCUACACAAGAAUUUUGAUCAAAUCAUCAGACGUCAACUAGACCCCGUCUGGCAUCGCACAACGUUCAAGACGCGACAGGUCGUCCGAGAUCUGUCCCUGCUUCGCACUAUUCUGCAUGCCCUUCUUACCUAUGAUGCGGUGAACUUCAACAAGUACCUCGAUACUGUGCUUGCAGCCUCGCAACCACCGCCAGGGUCAACAAAGCAGAAUCAGUCUCCAUGGUUGUUCCUAGACGCGGCCGAUACCAUCUUUACCACUGCCAAGCGAAGAGUAUACACGGGCAAGGUAUCUAAUGUGGAAUUAGCAAACGCCUCGAAUGCUGUGCCAGAGUCUCUGCAGCCUGUCCUAGAGGAAUUUCCCAAGUGGACGCAGCUUGCAGAAAUUCUGCAAGAGAUAGAGCAAGAUGCCUACUUCAACCCAACACCGCAAGACUCGUCCAACGGCUCUAUACUCAUCAUGUGCGGCGACCAAGGUACAGCAUCACAGCUAAGAGAGUAUCUGCAGACCAUGUACGUCAAGCCAGAGGGCGUUGCAGACGAGGACGAAGACGAGUACGAGCCAUCAGCGAACUUCAUGAUGCGACGCAAGCUACGGAGCUAUCUCACAUGGAAACGCGACUUCAGCAAGGUCAGCGCUGCGUUGUUCUCAGAGAAUCAGAAAGCCAUCAACACCAGCACAGACAAGAAUGUUCAGAGCGGUAUGCGCCAGACUUCUGGUAAACCUCCGCCUAACAAGCGGCGCCGCAUAAGAGGAGGCGGAAACGCAGCAGCAGGACCAUCGCGGUCUGAUACAGGAGCUGUUCGGACAGCAGGAGACCGCGACGCCCACAUUGCAAGUCUAAUGGCCGAACUGGAACCCACCGAGAUCGAAGCCGCGCAAAAGCCUGGCGACGUAGGAUUCGACCCGCUUGACAACAUGGAAAGCUUCUACGAGCUCUUCGAUAUGAACUCCCUGAUAAUCGUACACCCCUACUCUGGAGACUUGGACGAACACAUCCUCGACGAGACAAAGCCGCGAUACGUCAUCAUGUACGAGCCCGACGCAGCGUUCAUCCGGCGGAUAGAAGUAUACCGAUCAUCCCAUACAGACCGAACAGUAAAAGUCUUCUUCAUGUACUACGGCGGCAGCGUAGAAGAACAACGAUACCUCUCCGCCGUCCGCCGCGAAAAAGACGCCUUCACACGACUAAUCAAAGAGCGCGCAAACAUGGCCCUAACCAUGAACUCCACCGCCAACCUCGCGCCCGAAGAAUCCUUCCUCCGUACAAUCAACACACGUAUCGCCGGCGGCGGCCGCCUAGCCGCCACCACCGAACCCCCCCGUGUCGUCGUCGACGUACGAGAAUUCCGGUCCUCACUCCCCUCGCUCCUCCACGGCCGGUCCAUCGUAAUAGUCCCCUGCAUGCUCACCGUCGGCGACUACGUCCUCACGCCCCAAAUCUGCAUCGAGCGAAAAUCCAUCCGCGACCUAAUCCAAUCCUUCGCCAACGGCCGCCUCUUCAACCAAGUCGAAUCCAUGAUGGAACACUACAAACACCCCAUGCUGCUCAUCGAGUUCGACCAAAACAAGUCGUUCACCCUAGAGCCCUUCACCGACUACUCAGCCGGUAGCAGCAGUUCCUCCUCCUCCGCCAACGGACCCGCCACAACACCAGACCUCCAAUCCAAACUCGUUAUGCUUACCCUCGCUUUCCCUCGCUUGAGAAUCAUUUGGAGUAGCAGUCCGUAUCAGACGGCUGAGAUCUUCGCAGAGCUCAAGAAACAGCAGGAUGAGCCUGAUCCGAUGAAAGCCGUGCAGUUGGGGCUUGAUCCGAAUCAGAGUGGGGAUGAGAUGCGCAGCUUUAAUCAGACGAGUCAGGAUAUGUUGAGGGCGCUGCCGGGGGUGAAUGAGAAUGUGGUUACGACGUUGAUGCUUAAGAGUGAGAGUGUGUUUGAGGUGGCGAAUAUGUCCGAGAGGGAGAUUUGUUGGUUGGUCGGGACGGAUGUGGGGAGGAGGGUGCAUAGGUUUUUUAAUCGCAGUGUGUAUGAGGAGGUGCAGUGGCAGGGGUUUAGUUAG